AUGCACGGUCUGCGGUACCAGGCAAUUGUUGGUCGAUCGGCAGUUUCCAUGCAUCCAUCAGGUCUUCUCCUCCUUAGAGUACGGUGCAUCAGACCACUACACACCAAUCAAUUACACUGGUCAGCCCAGGACCGCCGUGAGCUUAAAACCUUCGAGCAACCGUUCUUGCCCUGCGAAGCUUGUGCCUUCCCACCCGCCAGGCAACUGCCCAGAAACUGGAAGUACCCAGCCUCAUCAUCUUUUUUGAUCCAAGAUACCUACUUUUCUUUCCAGUCCGAUCUCUGGCAGUGGGCUACUAUGGAUCCUUCUAUUCAGUCUUCAGGUUCAAGUUCAGUUGCCUGA